UAGACAACAGACUUGAUCAGUACAGCCGGCUAUGACAGCAUUGUUCAGCACUUGAAUGACGGCAGGAAGAACUGCAAAGAAUUUGAAGACUUUUUGAGAGAAAGGGCUUCUAUAGAAGAGAGAUAUGGGAAGGACCUGAUCAACUUGUCAAGGAAGAAGCCCUGUGGGCAGACCGAGCUAAACACCCUCAGAAGAGCUCUGGAGGUUUUCAAGCAACGGGUAGAGAGCGUUGGCCAAAGUCAUAUCCAGCUAGCCCAGAAUCUCAGGGAAGAAGCAAAGAAAAUGGAGGAUUUCCGGGAGAAGCAAAAACUCCACCGUAAAAAGAUUGAACUAAUAAUGGAUGCAAUUCAUAAAAACCGAAAUCUGCAGUACAAGAAAACCUUAGAAGCAAAGAGGCUGUAUGAACAGCGCUGCAGAGACAAAGAUGAAGCAGAGCAAGCAGUUCAUCGGAGCAGCAACCUGGUCACCCCCAAGCAGCAGGAAAAGCUGUUUGUGAAACUUGCUCAGACCAAGACUGCCCUGGAAGACUCAGACAGGGCGUAUCAGAACAACGUCAACGCUCUUGAGAAGAUUAGGGAAGAGUGGCAGAAGGAGCAUGUCAAGUCUUGCGAGUUCUUCGAAGGUCAAGAAUGUGAGCGGAUCAACUAUUUCCGGAAUGCUUUGUGGUUGCACGUCAACCAGCUCUCCGAAGAAUGCGUCAAGAAUGAUGAUAACUAUGAGGAGGUCCGCAAAUCCCUCGAGCAGUGCAGCAUUGGGAAGGACAUAGAAAGUUUUGUAAACUUCCGCAAGACGGGCAACAUUCCGCCAACUGCGGUAGUCUAUGAAAAUUAUUAUAAUACACAGAGGAAUGCUGCGCCUCGGCGGAAUCAAGCUCCAGUCCCUGGGACGAGACCUCAGAUGCCCAUCCCUUCCAGCGAACCAGGGGAUCCUGACUAUUCUACUGCGGACGGGUACAGUUUAAUCCAGCAUCACUAGCCCCAAGAUGAUCUUGGAGUCUUUCAUUCGACUAUACCUCUAUGAGGAAAUGAAAUAGCAGCAUUUUAGAAGCUGUCUCAAACUACUUCCCCAAAUGACUGGAGUUCUGCUCUUUUUCAGUGCAUUAAUUAUUCUUUAAAAAAAACAAACCAGAAGAGAUCCUUUUUGCAAGAUGGAGGAAAGUACUGAAAGAAUGCUGAUUUUCUGGCAAAUAACAUCAAAGCUCUGAUUUUUUUCAUUUGGAGGAAGGGAUAAAAUCCCUUAAAGCAGGGGUGUUGGCAGGGUGUGGUCCAAAAAGUCAAGAUGGUGGCCAUAGUAGCAGGUGCAUCAUUAUGCCCACCAUCUUGACUUUUUUGACCAUGCCCUUGGACCCCUGCCUUCUUUUGUUUGUGAGGUGGGGGGGGGAUCACAUCUAAAGAAUUAAACUUAUAUGUGAGUUGCCUUGAAACUGGGUGUCUUGAGGAAUAUUGCAGUUGUACCUGACCUACCUCACAGGGUUGUUGUGAGGAUGAAACAAGACAAUCUCAUUAUAUUGGCCUUAAUUCUUAGAUCUUUCUUAAUUCUCUUGGAGACCAGUGGGAAAGCUUAUGGGGUUCCGACUACCUUUCUUGAGUCUUGGCCAAAAUUCUGUAAAGUCUAGAGCAGAAGGAUUCUUCCUGAU